AUGGACAUCCACCGCUGCCGCUUCGUUCCUUAUCCUCCUUCCCCCAUCAACGCCCUCGCCUUUUCCCGCCCCUCCACCCGUUCCACCCUCCAGGCGAGCCUCAACCGCCUCGCUGUCGGACGCGCAAAUGGCGACAUUGAGCUCUGGAAUCCCUCCAGUGGCGCCUGGCACCAGGAGAAGAUCAUUCAUGGCGGCAACGACCGCUCCGUCGACGGUCUUGUGUGGGUCGUUGAGCCCGACGAGGAGCUUCCUCACGCCUCGCUCGAUGCCCCCGCCGAGAAGGCACCCAUCAUGCCCGGCCGCUCCCGCCUCUUCAGCAUAGGCUACACCUCCGCCGUCACAGAAUGGGAUCUCGAGAAGGGACGGCCUCUUCGUACCGCCAGCGGCCAGCAUGGCGAUAUCUGGUGCAUCGCCGCCCAGCCCGCCCCGACCGGCAAUAAGGCCCUCGCCUCUCCCAACGAUGGCGUCUCCAAGCUCGUUGCAGGCACCAUCGACGGUGCGCUGGCCAUCUACACCAUUGCCGACUCGGACCUUCGCUUUCAGCGUCUCCUUGUCAAGUCUCCCGCUCGCAAGACGCAGAUGGUGAGCAUUGCCUUCCAGUCCCGCGAUGUUGUCGUUGUCGGCUGCAGCGACUCUACCCUUCGCGCCUAUGAUAUGCGCAACGGCUUGAUGCUACGCAAGAUGACACUCGGUGCCGAUCUUGCCGGCGGCUCCAAGGAGAUCAUUGUUUGGUCCGUCAAGUGUCUGCCGAACGGCGACAUCGUUUCUGGCGAUUCGACUGGGCACGUGACUAUAUGGGACGGAAAGACCUACACCCAGAUGCAAAGACUGCAGAGCCAUCGCCAGGAUGUCCUCAGUCUGGCGACAAGCAAUGACGGAACUGCACUGCUGAGUGGAGGCAUGGACCGUAGGACCGUCCUGUACAAGAAGACCGCUGGCGCAGGCUCCAGGUGGGGCAAGGUUUGGAGCAGGAAAUACCACGAUCACGACGUCAAGGCUAUGGCUUCCUUUGAGAGCGCAAAAAUGAGUGUUGUGGUAUCAGGAGGACCCGAUGCGUCCCCGGUUGUGCUCCCUCUCAAGGAGCUCGGCCGUGAGAACCACCGUACACUUCAGAACCUUCCUCAACAGCCACCUCUCCAGAGCGCACCCAAGGCGCGCCUUAUCGUGAGCUGGUGGGACCGAGAGGUCAACAUUUGGAGGCUGCGCCAGACUUUUGACGGCAUCUACAACAACGACGCCGAGGAUGUCAACAAGAACCGCAAGCUUCUAAAGACCAUUCUUAUCAAGGGCGAAUCCAGCAUUUCCGCAGCCUCCAUUUCCCCUGAUGGAAGCGUGCUCGCCGUGGCUACAGCCACCGAGUUCAAGGCCUUCCACCUCCAGCACCAGAACCCUACCAAGCCCUCCGAUAUUCGGCUCUCGCAGAUUGAGGUCCCCGCUUCGCUCGCCAACAACGGAGCCAACCUGGUGCAGAUAUCGCCGGACGGAAACUGGCUCGUUGCGAUCCAGGACGGAACCAGGAUGCUCCUCUUGCGAAUUAAGCACGACGCCACCAGUGACGAGGCCCCGACUCUGGCCAGGCCGCAGAGCGUGACGCGCAUGAAGCGUAAGAUUCCCAAGCACUUGAAAUUAGGAGGUCUUGGCAACUACGAAAGGACCAUUACGCACGCGACCUUUGCCCCUGACAGCAAGAUGCUCGCUGUGGCCGAUCUGGCUGGCUACAUCGAUACAUGGGUUCUUCGCUCCGACGGUGAGACCGACGAAGAUGACGACGCGUCAUCUGACAGCGACUUUUCCGAGAGUGAGGCCGACGUCGAGGAGGCUGACGACGCAACGGGUAGCAAAGAGCGAUGGCAGCACACCCCCGCGUCCACGCUGCUGCCCAAGCUGCCUGCGCCGCCUGUCGUCCUGUCUUUCGCGCCCGAGGCGUCUGACGCACCCUACACCCUCCUCGCCGUGACAAACGUCUGGCACAUACUAGCAUUCAACCCGCUUGAGGGCGGUCUGACGCCUUGGUCCCGCCGCAACCCCUCCGCUCGUCUGCCCAACACCAUCCGCGACACGCGCGACCUCGCCAAGGGAAUCCUCUGGCAGGGUCCUCGCGCCUGGAUCUACGGCGUGUCGUUCCUCUUCAUGCUCGAUCUUUCGCAGGACCUCAGUGACCCCAGCGCCGCCUCCACGGCCCUGACUACCGACAGCAACGCGUCAGCGCUUGCCAAGGCGGGCCAGAAGAGGAAGCGCAAGGGCGCAGAGAGCGGUGCGGGCAACCGCAUGGCCAUCGGUUCUCUCGUCCCCCAGCAGGUUGACCGCUAUGUCAGUGGCAAGGACUGGCAGACCGACCUCGAAAACGCGGCGGCGGCGACGCGAUCCGAGGGCAGCGACACGGACAUGGCAGAUGCCGAUCAAGAGGAGGAGGACGAUGACGAUGAAGACAAUGACAACGACGAUCUCGGCAAUGAGAGCGAGCAUGAUGCGCUCGCGACGCUGCGGAACCGGGACACGCAGAUGGAUGCCAGCAGCGGCUCCGGACGCAAGAAGUGGUGGUACACGUACAAGUACAGGCCGAUCCUUGGCAUUGUAGCCCUGGACCCUGCCGGUGAUGGCGCCGCUCAGCCGGCGUCCGAGUCAGGCGAUUCGUCGGAUCUGCCAUCACUGGAGGCUGUCCUUGUGGAGAGGCCACUGUGGGACGUUGACCUCCCCGAGCGGUACUUUGGCGCCAACGAGGCUGAAAGGAGAUGA